AUGACUCACUUGCAAGCGGGCCUGAGCUCCGAGACCACGGAGAAAGCUCGACAGGAGCUCAACGAGAACCCCGACACCCUCCACGCGGACAUCCAGCAGGUGCGCGACAUGAUAGUGACGCGGCCAGACAUCGGCUUCCUGCGCACGGACGACGACUUUAUCCUGAGGUUUCUGCGGGCGCGCAAGUUUAACCAGGCAGAGACCUUCCGGCUCCUGGCCCAGUACUUUCAAUUCCGCCAGCAGAACCUGGACAUGUUCCAGAGCUUCAAGGUGGACGACCCAGGGAUCAAGCGGGCGCUGAUGGAUGGCUUUCCAGGUGUCUUAGAAACACCGGAUCAGCACGGCCGGAAGAUACUCAUCCUUUUCGCCUCCAACUGGGACCAGGGCAGGUGAGUGUACGGAUAUUUUAGUAUGCACAUUUGUCUCAAUAAAAUGGCUUCAGUGAUUUCUCACUGAAAUGGCUUCAGAGAUGUCUCACUGAAAUGGUUUCUGUGAUCUAAUUGUUUCAUUAAUCAAAUAAGCAAUUGUGCUGUAGCUACUGAUUGGUACUGAUUUGAUAGAAUACUUUCAAACAUUUAAUUUGGAACUAAAUAGCAAAACUCACAUGCACAGAAACUUUACUCCGGCCCUUGUCUGGACAAUGUCAUUGGUCAGACACACCAGAACGGACCCAGAACAAAAAUCAUUGAAUUAUUGUAAUAAUCUUGAUACAGUACAGUGCUGGAUUGUUCUGGAUUUUAUCCCAAUCUGAUGUCUCUUUCUCUCUCUCUGUGAAGGAACUCUUUCACAGACAUCCUCCGGGCCAUCCUCCUCUCCCUGGAGGUUCUCAUAGAGAACCAGGAACUCCAGAUCAACGGCUUCAUCUUGAUCAUGGACUGGAGUAACUUCUCCUUCAAGCAGGCUUCCAAGCUCACGCCUAACAUCCUCAAACUGGCAAUCGAAGGCCUGCAGGUAGGCCUGACCAGGGAUGUGUUCAGUAGGCAUGAACAGGUAGGCCUGACCAGGGAUGUGUUCAGUAGUUUGGUCCUCUGUAGCUCAAUUGGUAGAGCAUGGCGCUUGUAACGCCAGGGUAGUGGGUUCGAUCCCCGGGACCACCCAUACGUAAAAAUGUAUGCACACAUGACUGUAAGUCGCUUUGGAUAAAAGCGUCUGCGAAAUGGCAUAUUAUUAUUAAUAUUAUUAUAGUUUACCCAUGCAAUAUGUGGAGCCAUCGCACCCCAUAUGGCCGAUUCUACAGUCAACUUUUUUUAUUGCAUCAUUUCAUUGUCCUUCUUUAUCAGUUCUAAGGACAGAGACAGAUAGACAGCGUAUCCUGCCUUGCAAUGUAGCCUAUAUGACUACCAGUAAAUAAAGAUUUCUAUACAAUAUGAUGAUGAUCCUCAUUUUAGACCUACAUAACGAUGGGAUGUCCUGUUGCUAAGUAACAAGGUGAAGCACAAUGGUUAGUGUAUGCCCUGAUUUUAAAUGCUAUGAUAAUCAGACACUGAAUGAUGUGGACACAUUAUAUGGGCAGAUCAACAAGCAGACAGUGGAUAUAUCAGGGAAUAUAUUAAUUUGAAGUUAAUUACAAAUAGAUAGUGAGCCCAAAAGUGUUGUGAAAACACCAAAUGCUUAUGGCUUAUGAGGAAAUUAUUUAGCAUUGGCCAUGAUACGUCUGAGAUGUACAACCAAUCUAUUGUAGGAGUAUACCACUUUACAGAAAACUUUUUUUUAAUGCUUUCACAAUAUUAAAUCCCGUGAGACGCAUAAUUGAAUGACCCAGCCGCCUUGUUUUACAUGGUUUUGUCACGGGGAUUACAUUGUUGGUCUUACACUGCAAUCAUUAAAGGUGUCAAUUGCAAGGGUGAAAGGGACAUGUCCAAACAAUGCACUGUAGCAGUGCUGCACACUGUAGAUGGCUAGCACAGUUUCAAACAGCAAGGAAAAUCCUCAUUAUCAGCAUCUAUUUAAGCAAUAAAGCAUGAGAAAGCGGGGGAUUAUUGUGUGAAGGAGCAGCCUUUAGAAGGGUGUUAUUCACAAUAAUUCCCGGGUUCUGGGGCUACUACUUUUGUAAAAUGGUUGCCAACAUAUAAAAAAAGAUUAACAACAUGUUUUCAUUAACAGCGUUAUUUUAAUGAGUUUUAUUUAAUCCUUCCACCAUAAAAUAUAGUCUGGGCAAAAGUCAGUCGUUAGUUCUGAUAUUCUGAAGUUGCUAGCCAAACAGGCUGGUUGUCCAUUCUUCCGUUCUAAGCAAAACAGGUUGCUAUGAAGGCUAGCUACUUCUCCUUUGCUAGCUAGCCAACUAAAGCUAACACACAAUCACAUCAAGCAGCUGAAAUGACAACAAACUAGGCUGUAUGAAUUUGGAAAUAAUUUCUAGAUGCUUUUUUCCCAGGGGAGAUGAAGUUUAUGCCUGUCUGGGCUGUUGGAAAGUGGACGCGCAUUGAUAAAUCAAAUGGAACUAUUAACAUGCAUUACCCAGGGAUUGUGGUGAAUAGCUCCCUGCUCUCAACCAAUCAGCAUCCAGGAUACAAACAACCUGUUUUAUAAUAGAAACUCUGUCAUGCUCUUGGCCUGCUUCCCUAGGUCCCUUUUGCUGCAGGGUACUGUACUGUUAGGUCAAAAACCUUUUCAAUAAUAGAAUGAAUGCCAUUUCAUUUAGCUAUAACAAUCGAGAAGACCGAGGAACUGGGUUAGCCUACCAUUUAAUACAUUUUUUUUGUUAUGCCAUUGAAUUUCUAAAGAAUCUCUAUUGCAACUAAAAUAAAAGAGAGGGAGCAGAGUUUAUGAAACAACAUUUAGUAAAACAUAUAACUGUAUUUGAGUAUCUCAACCAAUUUCCCCUUCCCUGCUUCACUACAGGACAGCUUCCCUGCUCGCUUCGGUGGGAUCCAUUUUGUGAACCAGCCCUGGUACAUCCACGCCAUGUACACCAUUAUCAAACCUUUCCUCAAGGACAAGACUAGGAAAAGGGUAAUUGCCUUUUUCACUGCUUAGUCACCUUCUCUAACCCCUCCCCCCUUUUCCCAUCCAUCACUUUAUAACUGCCUCAGUUGCAGUUCUAUCGAGUGGUUACGCUCUGGCCUGCUAGAGGUACAACACUAAUGAGCUGACGAAGCCAGAUAAAGAGAUGUCAUUAAAUGCCUUUGCUAGUUGAAUAAAAUGAAAGGUACCACAAAGGAGAUGUAUCAUUUAGUACUUCAACCUUUCCUCAGGUUAGUGCAGGUUAGAUCAAUGGAAAAGCUAAAAGCUAUUUUGUAAUACAGCUUCCUUCAAAGAUGACGCCGGUCAAACAUGAAAAGGGAAAGUAAGAUAACAGGAAUUGUGGGAGUUCUGAAAAUAGAGUCUGAAAACCUUCUUCCCAUCAGAUUUUCCUCCAUGGAAACAACCUCAACAGUUUACACCAGCUAAUUCUACCCGAUUGUCUGCCGUCCGAGUUCGGCGGCACGCUGCCGCCAUAUGACAUGGGCAUCUGGGCACGGACCCUCUUAGGGCCCAACUACAACGACGAGACGGAGUACACACUCACCUACGACGCCCUCCACGUCAAAGAGAACUAUGGUGGCGGAGACAAGGAAUGUGCCGACAAACUUCUGAAAAGGUGAGCUACAAAAAAGGUGGCAAAAUUCCAGUAAUUAUCAAACUGAAAAAUAUCUAUGGGAAUAUAUGGGAUUUGUGGGAAUUUACCGGAAUGUUUGGACUAUUCCCCUCCCUAGCUACAGUAUAGUAGUGCAGAAAGCUAACAAAAAAGCUCAACAGAAAGUUAGAGAACACAAACGGCUUGCCUAUGGAGCAGUGAGGGGAACGGCACCUCUGUACCUUCGGGCUCUGAUCAGUCCCUACACCCAAACGAGGGCAUUGCGUUCAUCCACCUCUGGCCUGCUGGCUCCCCUUCCUCUGCGGAAGCAUAGUUCCCGCUCAGCCCAGUCAAAACUGUUCGCUGCUCUGGCACCCCAAUGGUGGAACAAGCUCCCUCACGACGCCAGGACAGCGGAGUCACUCACCACCUUCCGGAGGCAUUUGAAACCCCACCUCUUUAAAGAAUACCUGGGAUAGGAUAAAGUAAUCCUUCUACCCCCCCCCCCCCCCCCAAAUUGUAAAGUGGUUAUCCCACUGGCUAUAGGGUGAACGCACCAAUUGGUGAGUCGCUCUGGAUAAGAGCGUCUGCUAAAUGACGUAAUUGUGCCCUUGAGCAAGGCACUUAACCCUAAUUGCUCCUGUAAGUCGCUCUGGAUAAGAGCGUCUGCUAAAUGACUAAAAUGUAAAUGUAAAUGUAAAUCCAGAGCGGUCAUUCUUCUCCGAUAGUAUUGACAGCCGAUUGUUUGAAGUCUGCCAGGGCAAUUACGCAGUCCAAAGACUUUCAGAUAAUGACCGCUAUGGGGCUGAUCACUGACUAGUGUGAACCCUAAGAAAUGCCUGUUUCAAUACGAGAUGGUCAUUACGCUUGAGAUUUGCCCACUGCUGUCUCCUAAACAGCUCACUCACUCAGAGACCCACUGCAGUUUUCCAUUAAUCCUCGCCCCCCAGCUAAAAAAAAGACUCCUCUCUGAAACACAAAAGGUUACACCAGAGCUAUGUAUAGGAGGUACUGUAUAUGGCUCUGGGUAACAUUACUUUUAGGUUCAGAGCUUUUGGACAACGUACCCUUUUACAAGCUGAAAGCUUAUCUAUAAGACUGAACAUGUAUACAGUACUGUAGAUGGAUGCUCUGUCGAAAGCAAUGGGAAAACAGAAUGUCUUAGAGACAGAGAGAGAGAAGAGAGAGAAAUCUAAAAACCUUCUCCACAUAAACUGGCCGCAUGCACGACUCUCUCCCAUCUGCAAUCAACAGAAAGCCAUGUAGUAUCAGGUCUUGGGAGAGCGGGCUCCUCUGAAUUUUUUUAAUUAAAAAAGCAUAUAAGAGACCCUCUUCCUGACCCCAGCUAGUGUCUGCUCCAAUCCCAGGGUUCCCCAGUUUCAUUCGCUUGCCACAAUAACCCAGGAGACGACAUCUGGAGGGGGCGGGGCGUGGAUGGGAGGUUGGUGCAAAGAACAUGAACCUGCUCCCGCUACAUGGCCAAGCUGCAAAGUCAAAAUUGACUAUAUCGUGAAAAUGUAUUAGCACGGAAAUGAGCGUUUAGUUCUUAAUUUAAGGUUGAGUUAGGGCGAGCCACAUGGUUAGGGGUAUGGUUGAGGUUAGGGUUUGUUUUAAAAUCAGAUUUGUUUGGAGAAGUUGUCAUACGGCCGGCUUUGUAGCUUGGCCGGAUAGUGACAACCGUUGAUGAGGGAUACUGGGAAUGCUUGCCUGUUAUUGGUCAUCUGAGAUUGCCAUUAGUGCAGCCAGUCAACAUAGUAGUUAUGAGCAAUGAGAUGGCAUGAGCCCAUGGACGCAACGAUCGGAUGGAUAAAACAGAUUAUUGAAGAUUGGGUCGUUUGUGGGUUGGUUGAAUACGCUUAGUGUUCUCUGAUUAGAUCAAGGAGGGCUUGUUAGUCUUUGAUUGCUGCUGUUUUGCUCCAGUGUGGAGUAAGUAAGCCAUGUUGCCUGUAGUCUUACAAGGCUGUGCAGCAGAAGGCCUGACAGAUGUAACUGAGAUUAAGGCUGCUAGUGAAGAACAUCCUCCCAGAAACAAGAUGGCAGAAUAAACUCACCUCUUGGACUGUACUGACUAGUAGAAUUUUGCUACAAUUUGAUUUGCAAAGCUCCAGAUGUAAAGACCCUGCUAUAUAAUCCAGUUCAAUAGGUUAGCGACACCUGCUCUUUCCAUGACAUAGAUUGACCAGGUGAAUCCAGGUGAAAGCUGUGAUCCGUUAUUGUUAAAUCCACUUCAGUCAGUGUAGAUGAAGGGGAGGAGACCGGUUAAAGAAGGAUUUGUAAGCCUUGAGACAAUUGAGACAUGGAUUGUGUAUGUGUGCCAUUCAGAGGGUGAAUAGACGAGACAAAAUAUUUAAGUGUCUUUCGAACAGGUUAUGGUAGUAGGUACCAGGUGCACCAGUUUGAGUGUGUCAAGAACUGCAACGCUGCUGGGUUUUUCACGCUCAACAGUUUCCCUUGUGUAUCAAGAAUGGUCCACCACCCAAAGGACAUCCAGCCAAUUUGACACAACUGUGGGAAGCAUUGGAGUCAACAUGGGCAAGCAUUCUUGUGGAAUGCUUUCGGCACCUUGUAGAGUCCAUGCCCCGACGAAUUCAGGGAUAUUCGAAGGGCAAAAGGGGGUGCAAUUCAAUAUUAGGAAGGUAUUCCUAACGUUUUGUACACUGAGUGUACAUGAUCCGUGAAGCUCUAUGUAGGUUUUAUAAAGGAUUAUGGAGAGGCUUUAUUAAGCUUUAUAAGCUAUACUUCUGCAUUAUGAGAGAUAAUGUGAAUUGGGACCUUUCACUGUCAUAUAAGCGUUUCAUUUUGAGAGUUGCAUUCAACAAUAUGAGGCAAAAUUGAAAACAUUCAAUUCAAUGCUAUAUUCAUCAUCACGUUAAAUCGGAUAGAUAUUUAACAAAGCUUAUUUUGGGAUAUCUAAAUCUCAGUACUCUCAAUGUGACUGUCCUUCCUUCCUUUAGCAUUUACAUUUUAGUCAUUUAGCAGACGCUCUUAUCCAGAGCGACUUAGUUAGUGAGUGCAUACAUUUUUCAUACUUAGCAGAGAGAGUUCUGGGUAGGCUCCAUUUUUAUCGGCUGUUGAUUUUAAUCAGUGGGCUUACAAGGGGAGAGGAGAGGAGGGAGUGGAGAGGAGCGGAGCGCUAAUCUCCCCCACUCGUGUUAAACAGCACGGAAUCAGGGAUUUAGUCUUAGCCCCAUUGGAUUGCCCUCCUCAGCUUGGUCGUUGAGCUCAUCUUUAAUGGACCAGUCAUAACCUAGCAUGCUAUAAGUACUUCCUGGUAGCUAAAAGAGACAAGAACACAGAGGCUUUGUGAUGAUGACGCAUGGAAAUGAGGGUAGAUAAGAGCACAAGGAGGAGGAGUGUUUAGGGACGAGGGGUAUUGCGUCAUGUAUUUUACCAUUGGCAGUCAUGUGUUUUUAGGAUAUAAAAACAAGUGUGCUAUUUUCCUAAUCUGGAUUUUCCCCCAAAAUGGUUGGUUUUCAGUUUGUGUUCAGACAUUAUAAGGGGGGUGAUCCAAACUUAGUCUUACAAUGUAUUAUAAUCACAUCGUAAUGCAUCAUAACCCCAGAUACAGUACGUCUACAGUUCUCUCUUUGAUCUCUAUUACCCUGGUCCCUGCUGGACUUUCUCCAUUAUACUGCUGAUAGUAGUCCAUCUGUGUCUUACAGGAAAUGACCAUCUCUUACUGUUGUUGUUGUUUAUCUCAGGUCCCAGUCAGCCGUGGAGCCGGGUACCCUACGGCAAGCAGACAGGGAGAACACGGCACAGCCACUCCUGGCUCUGGACUGA